GCUGGGGUGGUGGGUUACGCCUGGAGAGCGCAUGGGCAGACAAACUGUACGUCCGUUUGUCCGGACCGGAGGGGAGAGUGGGCGCCAUCUUCUUGGCUCACUGAGGGUUGUACUUGUUCUGUGGAGGCUGCCGCGACGAGGAGACCCCGGCCCCCGGCCUCGUGUGUCCGACUCGGCAGCAGUGCCUCCAUGUGGUGGUGUGUGUGCGCUUCCCAGCGAUCUUGAGAGAAGAUCUCGAAGGAUUUCAUAGGUCUGGCGACAGCAUUGGAUCCCACGUAGCAACUUUGGCCUGGCGUGAAAGAAGGAAGCUCUGACCUCUGGGAGUAUGGACAAAGGCUUUGGGCUAUAGAAGCGAUGCCUUCGGAUGAUAACCAUUUGCGAAUGAUGGAUGAUAUGGGAAACCCUGUGCCGUAUGAUGGAUUCGUCUUCACUUACAGUUCCUAUUGAGGACUCUGGCUCUGUGUGGUCAUGCCUUUGGCUUUUAUAUUAACCACCUACAUUAUAAAAGGCAGAUCAUCAUAAAGAAUAAUUGUGGACUGGGGGACAUUAUUUUCUGCGGGAGAAAUUCACAUUUAGAAUUUGAAAAUGCUUCAUCACAACCUUGGGUUUUAAGAAAUAAUCACAGGCAAAAAUUAAGUUGCUUUUACAGAAUUAACAGGUCUCCAAGAAAAAAAAAUUUUUAAAAAAGGUCAUUAUUGCUGUGGUUUGAGCUCAGCAUGGCUGUAGUCAUCCGUUUACUGGGGCUUCCUUUUAUUGCGGGGCCUGUGGAUAUUCGUCACUUCUUCACGGGAUUGACUAUUCCUGAUGGAGGAGUGCAUAUAAUUGGAGGGGAUGUAGGGGAGGCAUUUAUUAUUUUUGCAACAGAUGAAGAUGCAAGACGUGCCAUAAGUCGUUCAGGAGGGUAUAUCAAGGAUUCAUCUGUAGAGCUCUUUCUUAGUAGCAGAGCAGAAAUGCAGAAGACUAUACAAAUGAAAAGAACUGAUCGUGUAGGAAGAGGGCGACCAGGAUCUGGGGCAUCAGGGGUUGGCAGCAUGUCUAAUUUUAUUGAUGCGAUUAAGGAAGAUGGAAAUAAUUCUGGAUAUGGCUCUUCAAUUAAUCAAGAUGCUGAGUUUCAUGCUAAUGGUACAGGACAUGAUGAUUUAAGGCCAAGAAAGACAAGGCCACUGAAGGCUGAGAAUCCUUAUUUGUUUCUGCGAGGCUUGCCUUACUUAGUAAAUGAAGAUGAUGUACGAGUCUUUUUCUCUGGUUUGUGUGUUGAUGGAGUAAUUUUCUUAAAACAUCAUGAUGGCCGAAAUAAUGGUGAUGCCAUAGUUAAAUUUGCUUCCUGUAUUGAUGCUUCAGGAGGUCUUAAAUGUCAUAGAAGUUUUAUGGGUUCAAGAUUUAUCGAAGUAAUGCAAGGCUCAGAAGAACAGUGGAUUGAGUUAGGAGGUAAUACAGUUAAGGAGGAUGAUGUUCCUAUGAGGUCUGAAGAACAUUCUCCAGCAAGAGGAAUUGAUAGACAUUUUCGAAAACGGUCUCAUUCAAAAUCUCCCAGAAGAACACGUUCUCGUUCUCCUCUUGGAUUUUAUGUUCACUUAAAAAACCUGUCCCUUAGUAUUAACAAAAAAGAUUUAAGAAAUUUCUUUAGAGAUACUGAUCUGACUAAUGAACAGAUUAGAUUUUUAUAUAAGGAUGAAAGAAGAACAAGAUAUGCCUUUGUGAUGUUCAAGACUCUAAAAGACUAUAAUACUGCUCUGGGUUUGCAUAAGACUGUUUUACAAUAUCGUCCAGUUCAUGUUGAUCCAAUUUCUAGAAAACAAAUGCUGAAGUUCAUUGAAUGUUACGAAAAGAAGAGACCAGGGUUAAUAGAGAAAGAGAGGUCUGGACAUGUUUCACAAAAAUACUCUCAAGAAGGCUAUUCUGGCCAGAAACUCUGCAUUUAUAUAAGAAACUUUCCAUUUGAUGUUACAAAAGUUGAAGUACAAAAGUUCUUUGCAGACUUUUCUCUUGCUGAGGAUGAUAUUUACUUGCUUUAUGAUGACAAAGGAGUUGGUCUGGGAGAAGCGUUGGUGAAAUUUAAAUCAGAAGAACAGGCCACAAAAGCUGAACGCUUAAACCGACGAAGAUUCUUAGGAACAGAGGUAUUAUUAAGACUUAUAUCUGAGGCACAAAUGCAAGAAUUUGGGGUAAACUUGAUGUCUGGUGGGAAAAUACAAGACCAUUCACAGUCCCGUGAUAGACGUGACCAUUCCCAUUUAUUUAACUCAAGAGGUGGACAAGUGUACUCACUUGGCUCUUCUGAAAACUUCAGACAUCAGGAGUUGAGGCAAGUGGACAACUUCAGGCAUCCCCAGGGGGAUUUCCGGCGCCUUCCGGAAGCCUUCAGGCGCUCUCCGGAGGACUUCCGGUUUCCUGCAGAGGACUUCAGACGCUCUCCGGAGGACUUCCGGCACCCUCGAGAGGAGCACUUCCGGCGGCUUCCUGAGGAGGAUUUUCGGCAUCCCCGGGAGGAAGACUGGAGACGGCCUCUUGAGGAGGACUGGAGUUGGCCACCGGAGGAGGACUUCAGGCGGCUUCCAGAGGGGGAUUUCAGGCGGCCACCCGAGGAGGACUUCGGGCACCCUUGGGAGGAGGACUUCAGGUGCCCUCCGGAGGAUGACUUCAGCCACUCUAGGGAGGAGGACUUCAGGAGACCGCCCCAGGGGGAAUGGAGGCGACCACCCGAGGAGGACUUCAGGCAGCCCCCUGAAGAGGGUUUCCGGCGGCCCCCAGAGGAGGAUUUCAGGCGUUCCCCAGAUGAGGACUUCCGGCGGUCGCCUCCAGAACAUUUCAGGCGGCCACCUCAGGAACACUUCCGGCGGCCGCCCCCGGAGCACUUCAGGAGGCCAGCCCCAGAGUACUUGAGGCGGCCGCCUCCUGAGCACUUCCGGCGGCCGCCCCCGGAGCACUUCCGGAGGCCACCGCCGGAGCAUUUGAGGCGGCCGCCCCAGGAGCAUUUCAGGAGGCCGCCACAGGAGCAUUUCAGGCGGCCCCGGGAGGAAGAUUUCAGGCAUUUGCCGGAUGAAGACUUCAGGGGCCCUCCUGAUGAAGACUUUGGGCACCCUCCUGAUGAGGACUUCCGGAGCCCUCAGGAAGAAGAUUUUAGAUGCCCUUCUGAUGAGGACUUCAGACAGCUCCCUGAGGAAGACCUCAGGGAAGUUCCUGAGGAGGACCCCGGACUUUCUGACGGCUUUAGGCCUCCCGGUGAGGAUUUUAGGAGCCUGCCUGAUGACUUCAGAAGUCAUCGUCCUUUCGUGAAUUUCGGUCGCCCUGAAGGUGGCAAGUUUGAUUUUGGAAAGCGCAAUGUGGGAGGGUUUCCUGAGGGAAGGUUUAUGCCUGAUCCAAAAUUAAAUUGUGGUUCAAGUAGAGUAACUCCUAUUAAGAUAAUGAAUCUUCCAUUUAAAGCUAAUGUUAAUGAAAUUUUGGACUUUUUCCAUGGUUAUAGAAUCAUACCUGAUUCAGUUUCAAUUCAGUAUAAUGAGCAAGGAUUACCUACAGGGGAAGCUAUUGUUGCUAUGAUAAAUUAUAAUGAAGCUAUGGCUGCUAUCAAAGAUCUGAAUGAUAGGCCAGUUGGUCCCCGCAAAGUUAAGUUAAUUUUGCUCUAGAGACUGCAUGUCUAAAUUCAGUUACCUUCCACAGUAUUGAUGCAUUUUUUUAAAAAGUGUUUUUUUAAUUAAUGAAAAGAAACAUUUUAAUUUUGACCUGUGAAAUAGAAAAAUGUAAAUAGAAUUUGAAUUGGCUUUUUUUUUGGCUUGGAAAUUGCUGUUCAUUUUUUCUAAUUUAAAACGAUAUAUGCCUUUUUCUUUGAGAGAGAUAACUAAUUCCUUGAGUUUGUUCAUUUUUGUUGAUGAUAUGGAUAAAUCUCAAGACUUGUAUAGAGUUGUAUUUGCGGAACACAAAUUUUAUAUUCACUUUCAUUCUGUAGUUUACGUCUUUUACUCCGUCUGUAUAAGGAGCUGGUCAGUAACUGAUUGUUCAGGUUUGGCAUUUUCAUUGCUAUCUGCCUACAGAAUUAAUCCCCACUUUGUCUGAGAUAUUGCUGUUUUAAGCCUCCUGUUAAUUACAAAUAGUUCAAAAUGGACAGACUGUGAACUUGAAAUAUACUUAUGUAAAAUGCUUAGGAGAUUCUUAAAGUUUCCAUGUUCAUUACUUUGCAGUUUUAUAAAAAUAAAAAUAUUGCAACUGAAUAGAUCAACUAGUUAACUUGUAUUUGUAUAAAAAGAAAAAAUAAUUGCAGCUUGAUAUUAUGAAGUUUUUCAACUAUGUUUAUGAUGGGAGGGACCACUCUAUAAUAAUAAUGUGUAAUUCCAUGGUUUCUUCAACAUCUUACAAACUAGACUGAUAAAGACAAAAUACUUGAAGAUAAGAAUGUAAUUUUAGGUGCAAGGAGACUUUCAGGCUUCUCAUCCUGGCAAGUCUCUGAUAAAUGGAUAUAGUGUUUUUCUAGGAAGAAUUUAUUGAUGAUACGUAAAACUUGUAUGUUUCAUUAGGUUCUUAUUUUUUGGCUUCAAUACCUCCUGUCCAUUCAAAGACUCAGUAACAAGUGUAAGACUUGAGAGAUUGGAUUUUGACUUCUUUGAUAAUCAACGUUUAAUGUAGACGUUUUGCAAAUAUUGGAUUUGAUUUUCUAUACCCAUAAUAUGAAUGGCUAAUAUAUAUUGGAUGCUUACUAUAUGCUAGGCACUAUAAGCACUUUAUAUGUAUAAUCUUAAUAUUCCUUAAGUACAGGUUUAUUAUUUACCUCCAUUUCACAGAUGAGAUAAUGACAAUUUAGAAAGGCUAGCAACUUGUCUAAAGUCACAGUAAGUCAGUUACCUCACUUUGCUAAAUUGUUUUAAUUUUAGUAGACCAUGCUAAAAGCAUUAUAAAGGGUGAGUGAUGUUUUCUUACUUCCAUUGCUGCUUUAGAAAUACCAUAAAAAAAAAAAACAACAACCUAGGGUGUUCAAACAUUGUUAAUAAAAGACCAGCGGCUUUAGUAGGAGUUUUUUUUUUUUUUUUUUUUUUUUUUUUUAAAUAUCCAGGGUUUUUCUUGAGAUGUGACUGUGUAUUGACUUCAAAUGCAUACAAUGUGAUUCAAGUUUGGUUGGCCUUUUAUGCUGGUUUAUAUAAAACAUAAAGUUGUAUUUCCUCAAUUCUUUGAUUCAGAGAAUCUCCACAUUCAGUAAAAAUAAAAUUGAAUUUAUAUGUGGUAAUUUAGUCAUGUAAUAAUGGGAUAUUGCAGAAGCAGAAUUCUUUGUCAGUGCUUAGGCAGUUAUUACCUGUAAGUAUUUUGGGUUAGUUUUCAGUAUUUUAAAGAAAUCCAAGAGAAGCCCACUUAAAUUUCCAUUAAAAAUAUUUAUUUAUUUAUUUUAAAGGGUUACAGAAAG